AUGCGUCCCUCACCCCCCGAGUUACAACGACAUCACCUAGAAGCUUUAAGCUUCUUCAAUUUGACUGUAACGGAGUCACAAGCAAGUGACUUUAAUGCGCAUCACGGUCUUUGGCAUUCAAGCCUGCCAAAUGAUCGUAGGGGACAGCAAUUGGCAGAGCAAAUAGACGAUUCGACAUUCAGCACUGUGAACGACGAAGCCCCCACCAGGGUCCUGGGCAUUUGUAGCAGCUCAGCUGACCUAACAAUUGCUAGCGCGGGUCUGAUAAAUAGCAUAACCUGGCGACCUAUGGUAUCGCUUGCGUCAGACCACUUGCCCAUUAUCGGCUCGAUUGAGAGACCUGCCGACUUUGUUUCCGCGAACCACCGGUCCAAUUUUAAUUUUAAAAAAGCUAAUUGGGCCGGCUUCACGGAAUUCACCGAGGACACCUUCGCCGCUCUUCCCAUCCCCACCAAUGUGAGCGCAGGCGAACGCGCAUUCCGCAAGGUGCUCACAGCUACUGUGGCUCGCUUCAUCCCAGCUGGAAGCUUUAAGGACAUCCGUCCUCAUUUCCCAGCCGAAGCAGCCAGCUUGGCAAAUGAGCGUGAUCACCUACGCCAGGCCGAUCCCGGGGAUUCCCGCAUAAGGGAUCUCAAUUUGGAGAUCCGGCAACUGGUAGACCAACACAAGCGGACUAAAUGGGUUGAGCACUUGAAGACCUGUAGCCUCACGUCUGGGGUGAGUAAGCCCUGGUCCACCGUUAGGUCUCUGUCGAACCGGACGAAGCACAACGACAAGGUGGCCAUCACCUUCAACGGUUGUAUUUCGUCGGACCCGAAGAGAUGCGCGAGUUAUUUUAGUCGGCUUUUUAUACUGCAUCCUCCGGCCGACAGAUCCAAGCGUCGUGCUACCAGAAGGCUGCACAAACUGACGAACGAACACCACUACUGCACUCACCGUCUUAAACGCCCAAAUAAACCACGGGUUAACCAAAACCGCCCCUGCGAGAGGACUAUCCUAGUAGCGUUGGACCUGAAGAAAGCUUUCGACACAGUCAGCCAUUCCACACUACUAGAUGAUAUUUAUCAGUCGACACUCCCGCCAGGGCUGAAGAGGUGGUCCGCAAACUAUCUGAGCGGUCGUCACUCGUCAGUGACUUUUCGAGAUCAAACAUCAAAGCAGAGGAAGAUAAAGCAAGGUGUACCGCAGGGUGGUGUCCUUUCUCCCUUGCUGUUCAACUUUUAUAUCUCGAAGCUCCCCCAACCACCAGCGGGAGUUUCCCUGGUCUCAUACGCUAACGACUGUACGAUAAUAGCGUCGGGCAAUGACAUCGAUGGCCUGUGUUCCAAAGUGAACAACUACCUCACCGACCUCUCUCGGAUUUUCACUGCGAGGAAUCUCCAACUUUCCCUCACUAAUUCCACGGCGACCCUCUUCCCCACCUGGACAAAGGAGAUCAAACUGUCCCUUAAGAUAAAAGUCGAUGGCACACCAAUACCGACAGUAAACAACUCUAAAAUUUUCGAUGUAACCUUUGACAGUUUGCUCUCCUUUUCAGUGCAUACAACCGCAAUUGCCACUAAAGUCCAAAACCGCAACAAGGUCCUCAAAUCGCUUGCCGGCAGCACUUGGGGCAAAGACAAAGAACUGUUGCUAUCGAAAUUUAAGGCAAUUGGUCGGCCAGUUCUAAACUAUGCAGCGCCUGUCUGGUCGCCUGGAACUAGUGACACAGCUUCAGACAUGUCAAAAUACUGCCAUUCGGACAGCGACCGGUUGCCUCCUGAUGCCCCCGGUUCAACACCUACACAACGAGGCACAAAUGCUCCCAGUAAUGGAGCAUAACAAACUGCUCAGCAAGUAGUUCCUGCUGGGAUGUUACCGCAGGUUUCACCCCUGCAGACACCUGCUUGAGCCUGAGCCACCUCCCAGGCACAUCAGGAGGCAUUUCCUCAACUACGUGGGCGAGAUCCUGGACAAAACAGACAGACCACUCCAGGAUCAGACAGUGUACAGACAGGCCAUAAACGACAUUCAUCGGGAGACUCUUUCCACCUUCUUAAGCUCCCGACCCCUGAAUCCCGUUAUCGGAGUCCAACUACCACCUAUUGCAGACGAAGAGCUCCAACUUCCCCCAGAGUCCCGCGUAACCUUGGCACAAUUACGUUCUGGGUACUGUAGCAGGCUAAACUCCUACUUAUCCAGAAUCGACGCCGACAUACCAAACAUAUGUCCGGCAUGUGAAGGCACCCCGCACGACACUAAUCACCUUUUCACAUGCCCCCUUAAACCGAUUCAUCUAACACCCCUCUCCCUCUGGACCCAUCUCGUCGAAACAGCAUGUUUCCUGGGCCUAUCCCUAGUCGAGCUAGACGAAGAUGACAGGUGAUAUAGCCGACACUGGCGGGGCUACUAUUACUGUUAACAAACAAACAAACAAAGGUGGUUGAUGAAUUGACUACAAGGUUUCAGCUCUUAACAUAUUAUAUAAAGAAUGUUUACAUGUAUCCUCACAGCUCACUGCAGGCUGUGACUCGUCGCCAGAGACUCCAGCGUACCUCAUCCUCAAAUGUGGUACCAUUUCAAGAGGAAGAAGAAUAUAUUUCGAUCUGGUGUCGUACAGUGCGGCCGAUUCCCGAAAAGCUGGCCAAAACUCAAAAAAUUAAGUAAUUGAUUCAAAAUUUCUUACUCGGGGGUUGUCGGGGUCGCUGAUUACGAAUUUGAUCUUAAAAUUUUGAAAAUCCACCCCCUUCCACCCCUAUUGGCCACCCCCUCACGUGAAAUAGCGUAUAUUCUAGAACAUAAUCAAGAUGCAUGUUAAUUUAUGUUUUCAGGGUCGCUGAUUACGAAUUUGAUCUUAAAAUUUUGAAAAUCCACCCCCUUCCACCCCUAUUGGCCACCCCCUCACGUAAAAUAGCGUAUAUUCAAGAACAUAAUCAAGAUGCAUGUAAAUUUAUAUGUUUUCGGGGUCGCUGAUUAGCAAGUGGUAGCAGCUGAAUCUUGUUUUAUUCAGUAACCAUUACUUUUUUGAGUAACCUUUAAUAGGUUUCAAAGCAGCAUAUGACGGCGUUGUAUUACUAUACAGUUUAAAAACUCAAAUUUUAUAAAACAAAUUGCAAAAAAUGUAUCUACGUAUUGCUGCAACUAAAAAUUUUGUGUCGAGGUAUUGAUAUGUACUAAAGAUUUCUCGUAUUUUACUAACCUUCCGAAGAUGAUUCCAUUCGGUUUUGUUCAAUUUACUCCAUUACAAAAUCUUCCAAAUGUGUACAACUUUCACUAUUCAUCGACAGUAAUACGAUGCUCAAACGAAGGCCACGUUGCGUCUGAAAAUACAGAGGAUACUUAGGGUACAGGACGUUGCUAUGAACGGUUUUCACUACUCAAGGCAUUACUGUAGCCAACCCAAAGACAAAAAAACUGUAUCUAGAAACUUUUUUUUUCGACUUUUGGCCAGCUUUUUGGGAAUCGGCCGCACUGUGUGUCGUCAUGAAAAAUGCACAUUCCACACAUACAUCAAUUCAGUUCAAUUCAAUCUUAGAUUUCUUAAGAAAAAUAGGCGUGGAUAAAUUUUGCGAUCUUUUGGUUGUUGUUGUAACAGCAUAAACAUUCCCUAUUAAUGUUUGGUGAAUGCUGCUGGUGUGAAAGUCCUUGGCUGGAUAUUAAUCCGGGUAAUUUCGGCAAAGUCAAGCCGACUGUCCUGGGAACGAGACUCUUUGGUUUAAGGGUUUACUUCUUUCAUAUUUUGCCUAUUUCAAAUUUGUUUUGAUUUAUUGCUAUCAAGUAAUGUGCACUAAGAUGUUCAGAAUAUUAGAAGACAAUAAAAUUAAACAUUUACA